AUCAUAGUCCAACCCAUAAUGAACUUUAUGUGUUGGACUUUAUUUCAGGCAAUAGUUGAAUUCAAGAAAGCGAAAGUGGAAUAUCGAGCUCCUCGUAAACUUCUGCAAUUUUUUUCUCCCACCUUGUUAACUUGCUUCUUCGUCCUCGUUCCCUCCGGCGCUUGAGUAGCAGCAGCUGCGGCAGAUUGGGGUUGGGGCAGGAGCAUGGGAGGGGAGGUGAUGAGGCAACAGUUCUUUUCUGGGUGAGGGCGGCGGAUGUUUGGUCGGCGGUGAAGAAGGAAUUGUUUGGUUAGGGCUAGAAUUGAAAUUGAAUUGAAGGGUAAAUGUGUCAAUUUGUUGUGUUUUAGGGCGAUAAAAUUUGAAUUUUAGGGCGACGAAUAGCAAUUCAGCUAUGUAAAACAUAGUUAAAACACAUAUUUGGGUGGAUUCGAGGUAGAUAUUUAAAAUGUCAAAAUUGCACCAAAGGUAAUAUUAAUUAAAUUUUUCUGACAAAAUUGAUUCGAAUUAGAUCGGGUAAUCACAUGAGUUAUUCAUCCUAAUUGGAUGUAGAAGGCUGAUCACUAUCUAGUAAUUUUAAUAGGAAACGAUUUCAAUUUUCAGGGGAAAAAACAAAAACCAACAAAAUAUGAGCUAAAAUUGAAGAACUGAAAACGAAAAAACAGUUCCCGGUUUAACAUAGCGGGUUCGCGAGUUUUGGUUCGGGCACCGACCCAGACCCGCGGUUCCUAAUCUCCGGUAACCGCAACGCGCCCUUUACAAUACGAGAAAGAAAUCCCUUUCUCCCCCCAUUCGCUCUACCAUAACUAGAUUGCUCUUUCUUCCCCUCCGUCAAGCAAACCCCAAAUACACAGAACACGGCGGCGCGGCUAGAAAACGCUGAAAGCUUCCGUUCCCUCGUCGUCUCAAUCCGAGUGGGUUAUCGCCGGAAUCUUCAAUUCCUAUUCCGGAUCGUUUCUCAGGGAAGAACAGUGAAAGAGAGGGGUAUUUCUCGUAUAGUUUGAUUGAAUUGAUAAAAAAAAAGGCUGUAAAUGGGGAAGAAGAAGGCCGAAGUAAUGGGAGAAGACUCUGCUCCGGCAUCGAACAUCUUCAGAACGCUCUUCAGCGCCGCCGAGGAAGGAACUGCCGCCAUUCCUUCCAUCUUCUCGGACGAAAACCCUUUCAAACGGAAGCCCGAGGAACACCCUAAAGUAUACGAAGCUGAGGGUCCUGAAAUCGAUGCCGAGCCGAAGAAGAAGAAGCGAGACAAAGUGGAGGACUCCAGUUUUGAUUCUGGAGAAGAGACGGAGAUGAAGAGGAAGAAGAAGAAGAAGAAGGAAGUGAAGUUGGAAUCGGCGGUAUUAGCAGCAGAAGGAGGAGAGAACGACUUGGGCGGGAACAAGAAGGCGGAGAAGAAGAAGAGGAAAAGGGAAGAGGUCGAGAGGGAAUACGAGGAGAAGAGGUACGGGCCGGGUGUAGAGAGUCCGGAACCCGAGGUUAGGGUUGGAGGGAAGAGGAAGAAGCCUGAUGCGGAUGCUGGUGAGACGUUGAAGAAAGAGGAAGGAUUUGAUGAUGAGGAAAAGCUGUUGAGGACUGUGUUUGUUGGAAAUUUGCCAUUGAAGGUGAAGAAGAAAGCAUUGUUGAAGGAGUUCAUCCAGUUCGGGGAAGUUGAGUCUGUGAGAAUCCGUUCUGUGCCAGUUAUGGAUACUAAGAUACCCAGAAAGGGUGCCAUUAUGCAGAACAAAAUCAAUGAUGCUGCUGGGAGUGUUCAUGCAUACAUCGUCUAUAAAACAAUGGAAUCUGCUGAGGCGUCUCUCUCUCAUAAUAUGGCAGUGGUUGCAGGGAACCAUAUUCGUGUUGACAGGGCUUGCCCUCCUCGAAAAAAAUUGAAGGGAGAGGAGGCUCCGCUCUAUGAUAACAAAAGAACUAUUUUCAUGGGCAACCUCCCAUUUGAUGUCAAGGAUGAAGAAAUUUAUCAGCUUUUCACUGGCAUCAAAGGUCUGAGUUCUGGGAUCGAAGGGGUUCGAGUUGUUAGAGAUCCUAACAAUGGUCUGGGGAAGGGUAUUGCUUAUCUCCUGCUUAAGGAUAAGGAAUCUGUCAACUUGGUAAUGCAGAAGCGAAGCCUAAAACUUCGGGAUCGAGAAAUCAGGCUGUCUCGUGCACGGCAACAAGAUUCUACUACCCCAACCAAGAGGGCCAAUCCAUUUUCGGGAGACAGAAGUCAGUCACCCAGCAAUAAGAAGUUUGCGAGGGGGGACAAACCUACAGGAGGAUUUGGUCAGGCAAACACCACCGCGUAUGAGGGUUGGCGAGCAAAGAAGUCUGGGGUGCAGAAGAAACCCACUCCACAACUCCAAACAUCGAGCAGGACUAUGUUCAAGAAACGUCGCGAACAAACACGUGACGGGAAGAGACCUUCUGUCGCAGCAAGGAAGGCGAAGGCUCUUGGAGGAGGGAAUGAUGGUGGGGGUAGUGGAAGGAAAGCAACCGGGAAAAAGAGGAAGCUGGAGACUCCAAAUAGCAGCAACUGGAAGAAAGCGAAGAAACCCAGAUAAGAAAGCUUGUGGUUCUUGAUUGUGUCAUCGCACAAUCAAAGAGUUAUGCUUCAGUUUCAAGUCCAAAGGAGGGACUACCUUGUUGAACACUUCAUUUUAUAGCAGUGUACGAUUUCAUUUAGUUUGGUUCAACUGUUUGGUGAAUGUAGGCUUGGAUUGUUUACUUCCAAAAUACCCUUUUACGUCUUUACAUUGCUCUCUUAGUGUAACCUACUGUUUAUGUUUAUCUAGAUCAAGGGAUUAUCCUUAAAGUCACCCUCAAUGAUAACUGGUGAUAUCAGUUAUGAUUAUAAUUGGCGCAAGAAUCAUAAGGCA